AUGAAAAUGGCUACCAUAUCGAAAUUGAUUCGAUAUACUGUCCAAAGCAAUAAAUGUAUAAGGUUAAGCCAGCGUAACCGAAGUGAUGCAUGUGGUGAAUCACAGAACAAAGAUAGUUGUGGAUCUAGUGAAAGUACAGGAAGUUCCAGUGGCGGUUCCUCGAACCAUCCACCACCUUCCUCAAUGGCGAGAUAUGAUUGUCGAAAAUUUGGUCAUAAUUUACCAAUGGAUAGUGUGAUGCCAAAUUUUGAGACAUUACCUUGUAUACCCACCGGCAUUUUUCGCAACACUUUUGGAGAGAUUCUUGGUAAUGGUGCUGCAAAGUGCUCAUACUAUCAAAACCCAGAAUAUUUUUCAUUUCACCACAUGACCUUCUAUGAUAUGCACAUGAUUUUGAGAUGCUAUCGUUUACCGAGCCCUGCUACAGGAAGAAAGAAAUAA